CGACUAUUCAACCUGUGUAAGCAGGCUCCCUCUCACAAGAGUGGAAGAGGAAGGAUUUAAAAACUAAAGGCUUUAUUAUUGACUUUUUGAGCUGAUCAAAAGGCACACCGUGAGUCCCACUGCUAUCGUACACCGAUUAAUCAAGUGAGCCGAUGCCACCUCAGAGCAGGAGAAGGUUGGCUGCUAAACGGCGGAUGCAAGCACUGCUUUUGCGUUAUCCCAAUGGUCUGCGCAAAAAGCCAGUGGAGCUGCCUGUGGAGCAGACAGUAGAAGAGGAACAGAAUAUUGUGGAGGAAACAUUUGAUCAGCUGCCAGAGGAGCUGUUGGAGGAGACGAUAGAAGAAAUUCAGAUAGUCGAGGUUGGUGAUGAGGAUACACCUCCCACAGCAGAAACAGCCCCGAUUGAGGAGGAUGAGGUGCUGGUGGAACUAGUGGAGGAAAUAAUAGAAGAGAUAGAGGUGACAACCGUUCCUUUGGACUCAGAGGAUCUUGACCAUCUUCUUAUACAAUCAAUAAAUGCAAUGUAAAAAGGAGUAUGAGUGUGGAAUCAUAAUUCCUCAUCUCUGUCCCUGCAAGCCCAACUAGACCCACUUAGGGUGACCAGAUGGAAAUCAGCCAAAUGUAGGACAGUGCCUCUGUUUACGUGGGACAUAGUGUGAUAAUGAGGGGCAUCUUGUUGGAAAAAUGUGUGUAUAUAUAUAUAUAUUUUUUUUUUUCAUUGCUUUUCUGCUCCCUGUUUGAACAAGAUGUCUUAAUUCCUGUAUUCUGCUCCAUUUUGGCCAAUAUUUUGCUCAAAUCCAGGAACCAAAACAAUAAAGACUAUUCCUAAAUAUAACAUUGGACUGGACAGCCUGCCAUUUGCGCUGUUUGAGCCUGUGCGUUGUGAGCAAUUCAGAGGGUUUAUUUUGAUAGGGUAUGAUAAUUACUAUAUCGACUUGUUGACUUGGGUGGAACAAUGUUUUUUGGGGAUCAGUACUUAUCGUGUGCAUAUUUCCUUUGCACUAUUGAGAAAUUUUGGGUAAUUUUUUGGCAAUAUGAAAAGUUUUAAACCAUAAAAUGAAUUAAUUGCUUUUAUGUCUCAUUACAGAUGCCAACUAAGUACUAAAGUGUUUCAUUCUGUUUAUUUAUUGC